CAGGCAGCCUGGGCUUCAAACCCUGAACUGCUCGUCGUAUUCCUUUACACCCUCCUGCGCGGAUCCCUUCAUUGUUUUUCCGGGCUCAGCAACACACCACGUACCUCGAACAAGUUUUCUAUUAUCAUGGGUGAAUCCAAGGGUGGGAACGUUAACAUGCAGCUGGACCGGUACCUCCGUCUUCUGAGCAAACACAGACAAAGUCCUGCCCUGGCUUGGGUCGGUUUCCUUCUUCUUUCCUUGGUGGUGUGGAAGCUAGUAAGCGACGGCGAUUUCUCCUUCAUCAUGACCUACGGAGCUUUUGCCCGCACUUUUGGCUUUGGGCUCUUGGCCGUGAAACUGUGGACCGCGCGGAGUGCGACGGGGGUGUCGUUUAAAACCUUGCAGCUCUAUGCGCUGGUGUUCUUCUUCCGCCUCACCUCCAUCAUCCCCUUCUCCGGAUACCUUCCCUACGACAAGAGCGGCGACUGGUUUUAUCACUUUGUGGAAUCCCUCUCCCUCUUCCUGGUCCUCGUCUCCAUGUACCUGGUCAAGGUCCGCUUUCCCCAUUCCUACGAUGAGCGCACGGAUUCGUUUGGGAAUCUGCACGUUCCUGCCUCCUUUGGCGCCCUGGUGUACCUAGCUGUGCCUUGCUUUGCCCUGGCCGUCUUGUUCCAUCCUGGCCUCAACUCUCACUUUUUGGCGGACACGACCUGGGCCUUCUCCAUCGGAUCCAAAAUGGUCGGCGUCUUCGUCCUCCUUACCCAAUUCAUCCACAUCAUCCUCAUGGUCGACUUCUUCUACUAUUACCUGAUCAGCGUCAGAAGCGGCCUACCCCUCCAGCUGCCCCGAGCCGGAGGGCUUGUGUAGAGGGAGGAUGAAAGUAGCUGUAGAGUGAGAAGGAGACUGGGACGGAGGAACGAGGUGGGGACACAUCUGGGGCGAAGGGAGGAUCAUUUUCUCUUUGUCGAAGGGGGAAGAAAGGGAAGGAGGGGAAGAAGCAGAGGGGGUGGAUGACGGGCAAAGGCAGGAGCAAGCCAGAUAGUCAGGGAGUAACAUAUAUUAACGCGCCUCCACCGAAGGGAAAGUUCCUUAAAAUUCUGUGGAGCGCAGGAGGGGGAGAUGAGGUGCUCGGAAGAGAAGCAAAAGACGGUCCGUAAGAAACCUUAGAGACUGGUCUGGGCUUCGUGUGCCCCAUGGAUUGAUGUGAUUUUUUCCCUUCUUUUUCUCCUCAAUGAUAGCCGUCUUCCGUCACUAUUUUUCUUUCUCAGUUUCUGCAUAUGCAUUGCGAACGCGGACGAACAGAUACACGCGUGCAAUAGCAUCCCAAAAUCUUUGUUAAGGGAACGUUGGGGGAAACUGGAAGCAUUUUUGAUUACCGUCCGAGGCCCGUACAUCGCAUCUAGCACUCGCUUGGCACGCGUGGGUUUCUCUGAUGUUGAACACCAAUAGUUCCA